AUGACUAAUGUCAUAAUGAAUGACGAAUGGAGAACAUUGUAUCUAGCUCGAGCUCUGUAUGAUGCCGUCGAGGAUUGUAAUAUUCAGCAAGUCAAUACUUUAUUAUCUCAGAACAAAGCCAAUCCCAAUGUACUCAUACCGGAAGAAGGGAUGACAGCAUUUCAUUUAGCUGCAGGCCAUGAAAACUUGGCAUUCGGAAAAGUAGCAACUUCAUUAAUUUUACAUAAUGGUGGUGAUCCUAAUGUACGUUGUGAAGGAAAUCGUACAGUUCUGCAUAUAGCUGUUGCCUGGAAUCGUUCACAGGUUGUUGGAAUUUUGCUCAAAAGUCCUUACAUUAUACCCAAUCCGUACAUAAAAGAUGAAGACAAUCUCAAUGUAUUUAACUAUGCUGUGAAAUUUAGCGCUUGGGAAUCACUUGCAACUCUUCAAUCUUACAUGAAACGUUCAAACUACACAAGUAAUUUAAAAAAACAAGUUUCUAAUGCAAUGCAAUCAAAAUAUAUUAAAGAGAAAUAUCAAAAUUCUAAAAAAUCACAGAAUACUGAAACAUCUGUUGGUGCUGAAUCAACAAUUGAUAAAUCCGAUAGAUUACACACAAGCAGUGGAUAUCUUAAUAGCGGUGAAAGUUUAAAUAGUAUUUCUAAAUCAAUAACAUUUGAUUCAGUUAGUCAAAAAAACAAUAACAUUGAUGAAUGCAUAAUAUUAUCUUCAACAGCUUACUCUUAUGGCGAUGUUUUAAACAAAAAUGUUUCAUCAGAUUAUAAACUACCCAUUAAUGAUAUCCCAUCAAAACUUUAUUAUGAUGGAUCUAUAUUAAGUUCAAUCAAAUGCUUAACAGAUGAAUUUGAAAGUAUAGAAAACAUAAGCUUUCCAUCUAAUAAUUUAAUAACUGAUUCCGAAUUGUUUGAUCUUGACGAGAUUGAAUUGCGAACAAGAAAUAUUUUCAGUGAGAUAGAAAAUAUAGCUUUAAGUGACAUUGACAGUGACAGUGACAGUAACAGUGACUUGAUGUCAGAUAUAUCUGGAUUAUCUAGUUGUUUGAGUUCCGAUGAUUUUUUUACAUGUCGAGAUACAAAUUCCGAACAACAAAUUCUUAAUGGUGAUACUUAUAAGACUGACACUCAAUUGGAAGAUAUUACAAAAAGCGUAUCAAUGACAAGUAUUUAUGAUUCAAUGAGAAAUUCAAUUUCCAGAACAUCAGCUGCACUAAACAAUCUAGAAGUUUCAAACAUUAUUACUUCUCUAGACGAGAGCAGUAGUAGUAGUUUAAUUGAAGUUUCAAAAGAUUAUGAUACAGAUUAUGUUCGUCAAAGUCUUAGGGAGUUUGGCCAUCCUCCAGGACCACUAGUACCCAGUACAAAACAAGUUUAUGUACGACAACUUAACAGACUAUUACAUAGGCAAACAGAACUAAAGGAUGAGGAUAAGCAUAUUAAUAAUUCAUCUGGUUCAUAUAGUCUGCAGUUGGCUAAAGUUCUAAUUGACGAUAAAUAUAAUUCAUGGAAGAAAACUAUAAAAAGUUGGAGUUCUCUGGAGGAAACCAUUGUUUGCGCCGAGAGUGGUUCGUCAUUUACAUAUUUAUUGUUAGAUCCACGUAUAACAAACAAUUUACCCGCUCGAGCUGAUGAAAUGAAUAAUCCCAUUGAAAUAUGGCAAACAUUUAUUAAAUCAAUAUUUUACAUUGGUAAAGGCACCAAAUCUAGACCCAACGAUCAUAUGAAUGAAGCAUUUCAGUCUUGGGUCGCAAAUGGAAAUAAAGAUAAAAGUCGCAAAACGGAAUAUAUUUUGAGCUUAUGGAAGGAAAAAUUGGGGGUGGUUUGUGUACAAGCAUUCCAUCAUUUAGUGAUUAAAGAAGCACAUAUUCGAGAAGCGGCUAUGAUUGAUGCUAUUGGAUUGGACAAACUUACAAAUGAAAAGCGUGGUACCUACUACAAUAACACAAUAAGAUGGUUAAAUAGUGAUCGAUGUAAACUAGGCUGCCAUCUUCUAUACCGUGCCAUGCUUGUGUUUUUAGCUGACGGUGAACGUCAAUUGCGACCAGUUGAUUUGACCUAA